UCUUACUACGAAUUGAGGAAACGCAUAAUGUUCUUUGGGAGUUGCGUUUCUAAACCACUGGCGUGAUUAUCGGCUUUUGUUCUCCAUUCGUAAUCGGAAUUAGACACGAAACGUCGUAGCCGGUAUCAUGUCUAUCUAGAGAUUGCUCAAAACGUGCUCCACGCUGUGUCGCCUCAUCGCCAUAACGGAUGUGGCUACCCAUUGGGGCAUAAACGAGGCGCAGUAACUUUUGUCGUUUCGAGUUGGCGCCUACUUUGCCUGUGCCAAGUUCAGGAUUCCCUUCCUACGGUCGAGAUGGACAUAUAUAGAGUCAUGUAUCGGAUGCUGAUAAACAUCCUCAACAUCAAGGCAGUCGAAAAAUCUACAUUACACCUGUCAUUCAAUCAUAGUAUUCGGUGAAGACCAUCAAGAGUUCAUCUGAUAUACCAUAUACUCCAACGAAGCAACAAGAACGUCAAGCAAGAUGGCGCCAAUCUUCAAGCUUCUUGCUCUUCUCAACCUGUCACUCUAUGCCGCAGCUCAGGGCACUCAGUUCAUUACAGGCGAGUGUGCAUCAGACGCCGAAUGUGCCUCAGGCUGCUGUGGCUUCACAUCAGGAAAGUGUGCGGCACCAUUCGUAGCGAACGAACGUGGAGAGGGAUGUGGUUUCGGCGACGCGCAACCAAACAACAAUGCUUUGAACGGCGCAAGUGGCAAUGCCAGUGCCGAUGCGCAACCAGAUGCAGCUGCGCCUGCUACACCUCCUGCCAACAGUGACGCGGGAGCUGGAGCUGGAGCCGCAGCGGGAGCCGGCACGCAGUUCAUCACUGGUGCUUGUACAUCAGACGCUGAUUGCGCUUCGGCUUGUUGUGGAUUCAAGAGUGGAAAAUGCGCAGGUCCGGUUGUUGCUCAAGAGCGAGAUGGAGGAUGUGGGUUUGGGGAUGCACAGCCCAACGAUAACGCAGCGAAGGCAUUGCAGGGACGGAGAUUGGGGAGGAGAGGUGCUGCAUACAUGUGAGGAGGGCCUUGAAUGAAUGAUUGCACUUCUAAUUAUGACUGUGUCGACUGGCUCGGCACAUGUCACUCGAAUGACUUCUGUAUAAUACCGCAGAAGCACGAUUUGUAGC